GACAUCUCGGUGCACACUUGCCUGAACGGGACCCGCUCAACGAGCAAGGGUCUGAAAAUUCUCUGAGAGCUAUGACGACUAACGUGAAUCACCCAUACUUCAACCCAGAUGAAGUGGCAUACCUUUGCGAUCGACAGCGAGGGAAAAUGACCGAAUCGCAGGAGAGCAAAGCACGCAUUCAAGCCUGUUCCUUUAUCGAGGUAGUGGGAUCUAAAAUUGGCUUUCCUCGAGCAACAAUUGCUACCGCCCAAACUUUGUUCAAUCGCUUCCACAUGUUCUAUCCAUGGAAAGAGUUCAACUAUUCCGACGUUACGAUGGCUACUCUCUACGUAUCAAGCAAAUUGCAUGAUACCCUCAAGAAACCGCGUGAUUUGCUAAUGGUUUCAUAUGCGGUCCGAUUCCCUGAGCUGGCAGCCAAAGUUAAACACGGUGGAGGGGAGGUGGACAUUGAUCCGAGCACAAUUGAAGCUGACCGGAGGAGACUCCUCGCCAUCGAAAGACUGGUCAUGGAAACCGUGUGUUUCAACUUCCGCGUCCGUCUUCCAUUUUCGUAUGUUAUCAAAGUAGCAAGAGAGCUUAAAGUGGGCAAGCAUCUCACAAAACUGGCAUGGAGACUGGCGAUUGAUAGUCAUCGGACAAUGGCGCCGCUACAAUAUCCCCCUCAUGUUAUCGCUCUUGCGUCGAUAUUUCUAGCAGCACUCCUGGACCUCCGAGAAUCCGUGCAUCUCUUCCCUACGGAGCCCGAAGAUCGCUCCAGUCAAGAAAUAGUCGAGAUGCUUGCGGAGAAAGGGCAAUGGGAACAGAAAUUUCAUGCUCAAACCCAGGAUCUUGAAGAAAUAUGCCACUUCCUUCUUGACGUCCUCCUUUACGCUGCCGAGACCUCACAAAGCUCUUCAAACACUACCUCUCCUCAGACACCCCAAACACCUGCAUCACCAUCUCACUCGACCCCUUACCCAUCCAAUCCUUCCAGCCAGCAUUCUAAAGAUCCUCCUCCUCAGCCUCUCUUCCCUGUUGAGCAGCUCACACGAACGAAGAUUUUCCUUCGUGAGCGACCGCAUCCGUACCAUCCUCGCGAGAGGGGACUAAUUCCCGGCCGAGAUCAGAGUCUCUUCUUUGAAAUUGAGGAAAAGACAGCUCAGGAAGGCGUAGAUGGUGCCGGAGAAACGGUACUUAAUGCGUCGUGGAAGUCGGAGGGCACUGUCAGAUUCUUAUUCGGUCCUGAGAUAUGAGACUGGGUGCGUAUAUGGUCAUGAUCCUUUUUUGUUGCCCUGCGGCCUUGGGACUACGUGGAAAUUGGGUGUACAUAUAGUGUUCGUGUUACAGCAACUACAUUUCCAAAGAUUUUCCCUUUGAGUUGUUAACUUACAGCCUCCUGUUGGGAGUACCUAGAAAGGAUGCCAUUGCAAACGUAAUCGGUCGGCGCAAGCGCUUGCGAGCUCCUCGUACACACCUCUCGCCACCGCACUCGAUAUCGUUGGGCUAAGGUCUGCGGGGCUCAACCCAUCAUUAUGUAUAUAACACCAGUAGGGAAUGCGCGGUAUGUGUUAUGUUCGUCCCUGCUAUGCCGCAGUCAACCAGUAGAGCUAGCAAUUGCUCGCGACU